UUUGACCAGGUUGGCUUUUACCUUAAACAACCACACAGGCAAGAGGACCACCACACCUGCUGCAGACACCAUCAUCUAUCUCAUCGUAGACCGAGAGUCAGCGAGAAAGACCUGUCGGCUAAAAUGCUGCCGGACGCCUACGGCUGCGUUGUGGCGAACAGGUUCGGCAAUCUUCUGGAUGACGAUGCUGACCCGUUCGACAUGAUGAGUGAAGUGGUGACGGAGAAAGAGAAAAAGAAAAAGAAGAAGGACGAUGAUAAGAAAGGCAAGCAGAAGAAGCCUGGUCAGAAAGAGUCCCAGAAGGACAGACGAGUCCCCGUCUUGUCGGAUGGUCAAGACGCAGUCCCAGUCCACAAGCAGCAACAGGCACGUCCUGGACCAGUGACUGAGAGGGGAGAUGGCAGAGAGGAGGCCCAGAAGGGCACAAAGAGAGCUGUCUUUGGAGACCGCAGAGCAAAUCAAGGGGACCCCCAGGAGUUCUCUGUAUCCCAGUCUUCCUACAAUGCAGACUCAAACUUGAGAGACAGAGAAGGCUUCAGAGGUGGAAGACCACCAAGAGGUGGAGGACGAUACUCAAAGAACCCUGACAACUUCAACCCGAGGGGCAAGAGAGAAUAUGAUCGACACAACGGAACGGGUAUCUCUCCUGAAGAGAAGAGAGGGGGCAGGGGACCAUGGAACUGGGGCAGUGUUGAUGAAGCUGGAAGUGAAUUGAUGGAAGUGACAUCAAAUACUGCUGUCAAAUCUGAGGACCCCCAAAUACCAUCGGAGGAGGAGAAUCAGAAUCAAGUGAUGGAAGAAGAUGGAGAGAUGGUGGUCCAGGUUGCGAUGGAGAUGACCCUGGAUGAGUGGAAGGCCAUGCAGGAGACAAGUCGUCCUAAGCCAGAGUUUAAUAUCCGCAAAGCAGAGACCACGAUCCCCUCCAAAGCCAAGGUUAUCCACCAGUCAAAACACCCGGAGUUGGUCUCCAAUCUUCAGACAUUCAAAGGAGCUCCUGAGGACCUGGAAGACGACGGCAACUUCCUCCGCAAGUCUGUGAAUGACAUCACCUCGCUGAUGGACAUCAACUUUGGGAGUCUUGGGCGCCCCAGUCGUGGUGGCCGGGGUAGAGGACGAGGUGGUCAGACUAGUCGCCCAGAGAGAGCCAAACCCAUUAUAGAGAAGGCAUGUGACCUGGCUCCUAACCCGGACGACCCUGAUGACUUCCCAGCACUAUCUGCUGGAAUGUGACCAAAUCCACUUUUGAGUUCUCCUGCUGGGAAUAUAGGUUGCACUUAACACAAGAUUUAAAGAAAAAACAAAAACAGUUUAAAUGUUUCUGCUGUUCUUAAGGUUUGGGGUUUUAUUGUACUUUAUUUUCUUCUAUUGCACUGAAGGCACACUAUUCAUCACAACUACUAAAGAAUAAAUGGUAUUGCAAGUUUA